AUGGCUUAUAAUCUUUGCUACUGCACCUUGUUGACACCUGAAGAUGUACGCAAACUGAAUCUUCCACCUGAGCAGAUCCAUAAAACUCCAUCAGGGGAAACAUUUGUUAAGCAAGAUUUACAAAAGGGUACACUUCCAGAAAUCCUUGAAGAGCUUAUUACUGCCCGUAAAAGAGCUAAAGCAGAUUUAAAGGAGGCUAAGGAUCCGCUUGAGAAGGCUGUUUUAGAUGGUAGACAGUUGGCGUUGAAGCCCAUCAAAUUGGAGUUUGAGAAGGUCUAUUUUCCAUAUCUGCUGAUUAACAAGAAGAGGUAUGCUGGUUUGCUGUGGACAAAUCCUCAAAAGUUUGACAAAAUGGACACUAAAGGAAUCGAGACAGUACGAAGGGAUAAUUGUUUACUGGUCAAGAACCUUGUGACCGAGAGUCUUCACAAAAUACUAAUUGAUAGAGACGUUCCAAGCGCAGCCGAGUAUGUUCAGAAUACAAUUUCGGAUCUUCUCAUGAACCGUAUUGACUUGUCACUUUUGGUGAUUACCAAGUUAGCAAGGGUGAAGGACUCAUUCAACUCCCGCCACCUUGAUACUCUGGAGAUGCUCGCAGAUGUACUUAUAGUACACAUGAAAUAUGAUGAUGGGAUGAGUACAGUUUCUGACGGCCUCAUGAUGAACAUCAAUCAUACUGGAAAUAGCAACUCCUUUAGCCCAAAUCAAAUGAGUUCUGCUUUCAAAAUGGGUCGUACACUUGCUCAGAACAAAAUGCCAGAUAAGUUAGCAAUGGUGAAGGACUCAAUCAACCGAGGAGGGCGUGAUAACCCAGAAGAUGGUGAUAACGGAGAGCCAGAAGAUGGUGAUAACGGAGAGCCAGAAGAUGGACAAAACUUAAAACGCACAGAAGCCUGGUGGGACUAUGAGAACGCCGGGAUCACACCUAGCAAGGAUGUAGUAGUUUACAACAAAUUUGUAGACAAGCUGGAAAAACAUGGCUUCCGCGCACCGGAGAAAAUCAGGAUAAUCGAGGCUAAGGAUCCGCUUGAGAAGGCUGUUUUAGAUGGUAGACAGUUGGCGUUGAAGCCCAUCAAAUUGGAGUUUGAGAAGGUCUAUUUUCCAUAUCUGCUGAUUAACAAGAAGAGGUAUGCUGGUUUGCUGUGGACAAAUCCUCAAAAGUUUGACAAAAUGGACACUAAAGGAAUCGAGACAGUACGAAGGGAUAAUUGUUUACUGGUCAAGAACCUUGUGACCGAGAGUCUUCACAAAAUACUAAUUGAUAGAGACGUUCCAAGCGCAGCCGAGUAUGUUCAGAAUACAAUUUCGGAUCUUCUCAUGAACCGUAUUGACUUGUCACUUUUGGUGAUUACCAAGUUAGCAAGGGUGAAGGACUCAUUCAACUCCCGCCACCUUGAUACUCUGGAGAUGCUCGCAGAUGUACUUAUAGUACACAUGAAAUAUGAUGAUGGGAUGAGUACAGUUUCUGACGGCCUCAUGAUGAACAUCAAUCAUACUGGAAAUAGCAACUCCUUUAGCCCAAAUCAAAUGAGUUCUGCUUUCAAAAUGGGUCGUACACUUGCUCAGAACAAAAUGCCAGAUAAGUUAGCAAUGGUGAAGGACUCAAUCAACCGAGGAGGGCGUGAUAACCCAGAAGAUGGUGAUAACGGAGAGCCAGAAGAUGGUGAUAACGGAGAGCCAGAAGAUGGACAAAACUUAAAACGCACAGAAGCCUGGUGGGACUAUGAGAACGCCGGGAUCACACACAAGCUGGAAAAACAUGGCUUCCGCGCACCGGAGAAAAUCAGGAUAAUCGUAGGUUACUUUUGCACUUCUGUACCCGAUUAG